CUUUGUCUUUUGUGGUCCGGCUUUGAUGUGCUAUCUGAAGGUGGCGAACCAGGGCGGCGGCGCCGGUGGGUAUCAACCCUACACGGCGGACCAAACCGGCGGAGAAGUGCCGGAGGCGAUGUUCUCGGUGGGGUACAGCCAGUCCGGGGAGUUACUGGCGAUGGUGUCGGCUCUGACACAUGUCAUUUCCGGCGAUAGAGGCGGCGCUCCGCCGCCUCCGGUAACGUCGGGAGUGAAGAAAAGAGAACGAGAAGAAGAAACUGGAAGCGGCAUUGGAAGGGGCUAUCGAGGUGGGAUUGUGGAUUUCAGAGCAAUACAAUUACAGCCUCAUCCACCGCCAUCUCCCCCAAUUUUAAUAAAAGAGGAAGCUUCGAGCAGCAGCAACAUUAUCGCCAGCGCGGCGGCGGUGACGGCGGUCGCAGCAACGGAAGCAAUUUCCGGCGAAGAAAGACGAAGAAGAUACAGAGGAGUGAGGCAGAGGCCGUGGGGGAAAUGGGCGGCGGAGAUUCGGGACCCACAGAAGGCGGCCAGAGUCUGGCUCGGCACCUUCGACACGGCGGAGGCGGCGGCAAGAGCCUACGACGCCGCCGCCUUGAGAUUCCGCGGAAGCAAAGCCAAGCUCAACUUCCCGGAAUUCGUCACCGCCCUCCCACCUUCUCCGGCGCCGCCGCCUCCGCAGCCGCCGUCGUUCCCCUCCCAAGAUUCCCUUGGCAACUAUCUUCAAUAUUCUCAGUUGGUUCAGAACUCCGGCGAAAUACUCUAUAAUUCGCCAUUGGCCUCAUUUCAAUCCACGUUCGUGCCUCAGUCUAAUUCGCUGAUUGGUCCUUCUGGUGUUCCGAAUUUUCCUCCGCCGCAGCUCAGAUAUUUACGGCCACCAGGGAAUCAGAAUCAGGGCGGCGGCGCCGGCGGGGAUUUUUCGCUGCCAUCACGGACGGAAUUCGGCUAUCCUCCGGCGUCCGGUUGACAUCAUUAUUAUUUUAUUUCUCGUCAUGUAGUUUCUGAUUUUUGUUUUGUUUGUUUUUUUUUUCCUCUUUUCAUUUUAUUACUGCAUUGUAGAAAACUUGGGUAAAAAUACCAACAUCACCUUAGCUCUAAACUAAGGUCACCAA